AUGGCACCAACGUUACAACAGUGCCCCGUCUGCUUUAACCACUAUAGAAGCACUCCAGACGGGAAGUUAUGUCGACACGGAGGUAAAGUGAAAGGACAGGAAUGCUCGGGGUCCCGGAAAAAAGUUGAUCCAUCGGGCGCAAGGGCUGCUUCGCCUCUCGGUGCCGCACCCGACCCCAAGCCCGGGUUGCCCACACGGUCGUCGGCCGCAUCGGACUCCGGUGAUCCUCUCGAUUACUGGAUUACUCCGCCAUGCAGAGAGAAGUUCGCACAUGAUCUGAACGCCUUGCUGACGGCUGUUUGUAAUGACCCUGGUGACCCGGCUCACUGGGUUAGACUCCACUGUUUUGUCCCAUACGUCUUACAGAAGACUUCCAGAGAGGGUCGCCGGGUCAACCAGGGCAAUCUGGUCAACAAGCGUCUAAGCGAAUAUUCAACUAUUGGUCUUGAAACCCUGGUACUGUGCUUUGAUGGGGAAACCUGUCCUCGGCUGUCAGACUUGAGCUCGCCGGCCACCUUCGAUAAAUUAUGUUCCAUCCACCCAAAAAUUCCGGUGGACAGGCGGGUCUUUCCCGCAUUGACACCAACGGCUGGUUGCGUUUCUCCCGCCGAGGUGCUGAGGGCCGUUAAAUCGUUCAAAAACGGUUCUUCUGGAGGCCUGGAUGGCCUACGACCCCAGCACCUUAAGGAUGUUUUUUCAGGCCUCUUGCCAAUCGACGACACACUGAACUCCUUAACCCAAUUCAUUAAUUUGAUCCUAUCUGGAGCUUGCCGACUCUCCGUCCGCCGGCGCCCGGACGGAUGCACACUAAUACCUUGGAGAGCCGGCAGAUGUUUGGCGUGGAAUGUUACGGUCCCUGGAACCCUCGCCGAACGAUACGUAAACCUGACAAGUAAAGAAUGCGGUUUGGCCGCGGCCAGGGCAGCGGACGAGAAAAUGAAAAAAUAUGGGAACGGCCUCCCCUCGAUAGAAUUCUUGCCAAUAUGUAUCGAGGUUCUUGGCCCGAUGGACCCCAACACCCUUAAAUUUCUUAAGGCAAUAUGUAAAAUGAUCAGCGUCAGAUCAAGCGACAGCAGGGAACAGUUUUUCGCAACUAACCACAUUUCGUGCUUGUUGCAGCGGUUCCUGCGUGUCUGUGUGCUUGAAAAUAUCCAACUGAAUGCCGACAUGUGCAAUUAA